AUGCGACUGAUGGCACCGAUAUUAGUGUCAGAGGAUCGUCUAACAUCCGGACACCGGUUGUCUCACCCACCCCCCGGAGACGAGGUCCUCGUCACCGGAAUAUCCGGGUACUUCCCCGAUUCAGACUCCGUUAUACAUUUGCAGGAGAACUUAUUUAAUAAGGUCGAUCUGAUCUCCGGAGAUGGACGUCGUUGGAAGCUCACGCACCCUGAAAUCCCCCAAAGGACCGGCAAAGUGAACAAUGUCAACAAGUUUGACGCAUCCUUCUUCGGCGUGCACUUCAAACAGGCCCACACCAUGGACCCUAUGUGCAGAAUUCUUCUAGAGAAGGCAUAUGAAGCAGUUAUUGAUGCCGGUCUCAAUCCAAAAGAACUACGCAACACUAAAACAGGAGUUUUUGUCGGCGCGUGCUUUUCGGAAUCGGAAAAAACAUGGUUCUACGAAAAGAUGCAGGUCAACGGAUUUGGUGUGACUGGAUGCUCUCGUGCCAUGUUAGCCAACCGAAUAUCCUACUGGUUAGGAGUCACAGGACCAUCCUACACAGUAGACUCGGCCUGUUCAAGUUCCCUAUAUGCCAUGGAGCACGCCUUUAGGGCCAUUCGCGAUGGCCAUUGCGACGCGGCCAUUGUUGGUGGAUCCAACCUCUGUCUUCAUCCUUACGUUUCACUGCAGUUCUCGAGGUUAGGAGUGCUGUCACCAGAUGGAAGAUGCAAGAGUUUCGACAACAGUGCCAAUGGUUACGCCCGGUCCGAAGCCAUUGUGGUGUGCCUCUUGCAAAAGGCCAAAGACUCGAGAAGAGUAUACGCGCAAGUCCUCCACGCGAAGACGAACUGCGACGGUUACAAGGAGCAGGGAAUCACCUACCCAGCUGGUAACAUCCAGAAACUACUACUGAACGAGUUCUACGAAGAAUGCUCUAUUCAGCCGAACACCUUGGAGUUUGUUGAGGCGCACGGAACGGGUACCAAGGUCGGUGAUCCCGAGGAGUUAGUGGCGAUCGACGAAGUCUUCUGCACGGGACGAUCAGAGCCUCUUAAGAUCGGUUCCAUCAAGUCCAAUUUGGGGCACAGUGAACCAGCGUCUGGUCUCUGCUCUGUCGCUAAACUAUGUAUCGCCUACAGCACAGGGUACAUCCCACCGAACUUGCACUUCAAGCAGCAGCGUGAAGGCGUCAAAGCCCUGGAAGAAGGUCGCCUUCAAGUCAUAACAGAAAAGACCCCUUGGAACAAGGGAAUGGCUGGGAUCAACUCGUUCGGUUUUGGAGGAGCUAAUGCCCACAUACUAUUGAAGAAUAUCGCUCGCGCAAAGGUCAACGAUGGUCUACCAAACGACGACCUGCCACGUCUAGUUUGUACAUCAGGACGAACUGAAUCUGCCGUGGCCAAGAUUUUGGACGACUUAGAGUCUAGGACGGUGGAUGUUGAGUUAGUGAGGCUGUACCAUUCGAUCCACAAUGAGGACAUUGGCGGCCAUGUUGUGAGAGGGUACACUUUACUGGGUUCGACCCCAACUAAAUCUGUGUCUCUCGCUCGUGACAUCCAAUAUUUCUCGGGAGUCCGCCGUCCAGUCUGGUUCGUGUACAGCGGAAUGGGUUCCCAAUGGGCCGGCAUGGCCACUCAGCUCAUGAGGAUCCCGGUCUUUGCUGCCGCCAUUCAUAAGUGCCACAAGGCUCUGGAGCCGAAAGGCAUCAAUCUAAUUAAAGUCAUCACAGAACCGGACCCCAAAAUCUACAACAACAUUCUUAACUCUUUCAUUGGAAUCGCCGCCGUACAAAUUGGUCUCACAGACGUCUUGAAGACCAUCGGCAUUGAACCAGAUUACAUUAUUGGACACAGUGUUGGUGAGUUGGGCUGCGCAUACGCAGAUGGUUGUUUCACGGCGGAGCAAAUGAUCCUAUCGGCUUAUAGCCGUGGUCUUGCCUCCGUGGAGACUCCAUUCAUCAAGGGCUCAAUGGCUGCAGUCGGAAUGGGUUACAACCAGAUCAAAUCCUUAUGCCCACCUGAGAUCGAAGUGGCGUGCCAUAACGGCCCGGAUUCCAGCACCAUCUCCGGUCCUGCUGAUAUCAUGAAGAGCUUCGUCGCCAACUUGGUGGAGAAGGGAGUGUUCGCUAAGGAAGUUCCUUGCUCCAAUAUCGCUUAUCACUCAAGAUAUAUAGCCGAAGCAGGUCCAAAACUAUUAAAAUACUUGAAGGAAGUCAUUCCUGACCCCAAACCACGUUCAGAGAAAUGGGUAUCCACUUCCGUUCCUCAAGCCUUGUGGAAGGACGCUAAAGCUGAGUUCUCGUCUGCUGAAUACCACACUAACAAUUUGUUGAGUCCAGUUCUUUUCGAAGAAACAUCUCGCCUAAUCCACCACAACGCGCUAACAAUAGAAAUAGCGCCGCAUGGUCUUCUUCAGGCGAUUUUGAGGAGAUCUCUCAAGAAGGACGUACUUAAUAUACCUCUGACCCAGAAGAACGAGGACAAUGUUACAGUUCUGUUCAAUGCUUUGGGCAAGUUGUAUGAAGCCGGUUUAAACCCGAAGUUAGCUGAAAUAUAUCCUCAAGUCCAAUUCCCGGUUUCCCUCGGGACCCCAAUGAUCUCUCAUCUCGUGGAGUGGGAGCACAGCGAAGACUGGUACGUAACAUCAUACAAAGCUCAAGAGAAGAUGAAAUCUGGCGAAAGAACAGUAAAGAUGUCCAUCGCUGAUGAGGACAGCGAGUUCAUGGCUGGUCACGUCGUUGAUGGUCGUAACUUAUACCCCGCAACCGGAUACCUCGUCCUGGUCUGGGAAACCCUCGGUAUGAUGAUGGGAGAGCUCUACACAGAAGUCUCUGUGGUCUUCGAGAAUGUUCGGUUCCAGCGUGCCACGCCGAUUCCUAAAGAGGGCAACUUGGAGUUUAUUAUCACCAUACAAAAAGGCAGCGGUAACUUUGAGAUUGUAGAAAGCGGUGCCUCAGUAGUAACGGGUCGUAUUUACGCCAAGAAAAACGUAGGAAAAGAGUACAGAGUGCUGCAACCAGCGCUUGAAAGCACCGGAUCCAACAUCAAACAUAUGCUGACCAAGGACUUCUACAAGGAGCUGAGACUUAGAGGAUACCAAUACAGUGGUCUAUUCCGUGGUGUGGUUGGAUGUAACAUCGAAGGUACGCGAGGUCGUCUCUCCUGGGUCAACAACUGGGUUUCCUUCAUGGACUGUAUGCUGCAGCUUAGGAUUGUGGGUAAUGACACUCGCGGUCUCUUCGUCCCGACCAGAAUUGAGAAGCUCUGCAUCGAUGUCAACUUACACUAUGACGCUGUGUCCAAAAUGAACCCGGAUUCAGACAGGCAGUCCUUUGAAAUUCGAGUGUACCCAGAUGUAGAUGUUAUCAGAUCCGGUGGUGUUGAAAUUCGCGGUCUACACGCGUCACCCAUAUCCAGAAAAAUACCUCUUGGGGUCCCCGUAUUGGAGAAGAAUGUCUUUGUUCCUAACUUCAGCAAAACAAAGAUGGCGGUUGAAGACAUUUUGAGAGCAGACAUCCAAGUGAUUCUUGAAAACGUGCAAACAUAUAAAGUCAAGAGUAUUGAGCUUGUCGAUGAAGAAUACAAAGCGAAUGGUUACGAACCACUUCUAGAGAAAGUCGGGGACAUAUUGGGAGAUCUUCCCCUAGUACAGCCAGAACUUCUAGUCAUCUCCGAAGAAACGAUCGAAAUGCCAUCCUAUAUUACUGUUGAAAACAAGAAAGUUUCUGGGGAGAGUAACACAGUUUUGUUUAUCGGAGCUAAUCUGUUGGGCAGACCAGAUAUUCUUCAGCAAGCCGUGUCAACACUCCGCGACAAAUGCUUUAUCAUCAGUCGCGAAAAGGAAAGCCCCAACGUCAAAAACUUCGCAGACAAAUACGACAUCAUUACCGUCCAAGACACCGGUCUCGAAUACUUUGUGCUCUUUAGAAAGCGAGUCGGUGCUAAGCCGGCUAAAUUCAUCAAAAUCGUCACCGCCGACCAAACGUAUUCUUGGAUAGACAAAGUCAAGGAGGAACUUAAGGCUGGCCAAAAAUUGGUCAUUUAUAGUGAGGACGAGCAUCUCAAUGGCCUCUUAGGUCUUGUCAAUUGCCUGAGAAGAGAACCAGGAGGUGAGAUUGUGUACGGUCUGCUCAUCGCUGACCCGUCUGCACCAGCGUUCAAUCCGGAUCUGGAAAUAUACGAAGAGCAGUUAGAUAAAGAUCUGGCUAUCAAUGUAUAUCAAGAUGGCCAAUGGGGUACAUACCGUCAUCUGUUACUUGGUGACCUAGAAACAAUUCGCGCCAACCACGCGUUCGUCAACACAGUGACAAUUGGUGACUUGUCAUCCUUGAAAUGGCUCGAAGGGCCCAUCAGACCGAACCAGAUCUUCAAGAACCCAGAGAGUAUUCUGAUUCAUGUUUAUUGUUCAGCGCUGAACUUCCGUGAUGUGAUGACGGCCAUGGGACGUGUCACAGUGGACGCGGUAGCUCGAGGUCGACUCGCCCAGGAGUGUGUGCAAGGAUUUGAAGUCGUGGGAAGAACACCUAACGGUGCUCGUGUGAUGGCCAUGGUGCCAAACAGCGGUAUGGCCAAUAUGGUCGAGGGAGAUCGCGCUCUCGUGUGGAGUAUCCCUGACGAGUGGACCUUCGAGGAAGCUGCCACUGUGCCAGUUGCGUAUGGUACCGUUUACUACGCCAUGGUAAUGGUGGGUCAAAUGCAACGCGGUGAGUCCGUCCUCAUCCACGCUGGUUCUGGUGGUGUGGGUCAAGCGGCCAUCAACGUGGCUUUGCAUUACGGCUGUGAGGUCUUCACGACUGUGGGUACGGCUGAGAAGAGGGCGUUCAUUAAAAAGCUCUUCCCACAGCUUAAAGACAGCCACAUUGGAAACUCUCGUGACACCUCCUUCGAAGACAUGAUCCGCCGGGAGACCAAUGGAAAAGGAGUGGACAUGGUUCUCAACUCUCUGUCUGACGAGAAAUUACAGGCGUCCGUUCGUUGUCUCGGAUACCGCGGUAGAUUCUUGGAGAUUGGUAAAUUCGACAUCAGUAACAACACGCCCAUCGGAAUGUACUUCUUCCUCAAGGAAACCUCCUUCCACGGCAUCAUGUUGGAUUACAUCUUCGAGCAGAGCUACGAAUUUAGAAAGAGUCUGCAAGAUCUUCUCUUGACCGGUAUCGACAGUGGAGCAGUUCGCCCGCUAACUUACUGUACCUUCCAGAAGAAUGAAGUCGAGACUGCCUUCAGGUACAUGGCAGCUGGUAAACAUAUCGGAAAGGUAAUCAUCAAAGUUCGAGACGAAGAGCGCACCAACCGUCCUGUGAAACCCACACAUAUACCAAUGGAUGCGUUGCCAAGGUACAUGUGUCAGUCUGACAUGUGCUACGUUGUCGUGGGCGGUUUGGGCGGAUUUGGACUGGAGCUGGCCGAUUGGCUGAUCCUGCGAGGUGCCAGAAAGGUUCUUCUCACUUCUAGAAGAGGAAUCACCAAUGGAUAUCAGUCAUCUAGAUUGAGGGCCUGGGCCAGUUACGGCGCUGACGUCCAAAUCUCGACACACGACAUAACAACAGAAGAAGGCUGUGAGAGCAUGCUCAAAAUGGCGUCUUCCAUGGGACCGGUUGAGGCCAUCUUUAACUUGGCUGUGAUCCUCAAGGACUCGAUAUUCCAGAACCAGACGCCGGACACCUUUAAGGCUUCGUUCGGGCCUAAAGCUCAGGCUACCAUGAACCUGGACAAAUACUCGAAGAAGUUGUGCCCCAAACUAAAGGACUUCGUGAUAUUCUCAUCUGUCUCUUGCGGACGUGGUAAUGCCGGUCAGACGAACUACGGUUUCUCCAACUCCGUGAUGGAGAGGAUCUGUGAAUGGAGGAAGAAGCUGGGAUUACCGGCUUUGGCUGUGCAAUGGGGAGCUAUUGGUGAUGUGGGUCUAGUAGCAGAUAUGCAAGACGAAGACGUUCAAUUAGAAAUCGGUGGAACCCUGCAGCAGAGAAUAUCCUCCUGUCUUCUAGCCUUAGACAAAUUCUUGAAGCAGGACUCUGUCAUCGUAUCCUCUAUAGUGGUAGCAGAGAAGAAGGCUGGAGGCUCCGGAUGUGGAAACAUCGUCGAUGCCGUUGCACAAAUUAUGGGAAUCAAGGAUCUGAAGACAGUAUCCCAGCAAGUGUCCCUCGCUGAGUUGGGAAUGGACAGUAUGAUGGCCGUCGAAAUCAAGCAGACUCUAGAGAGGGAAUUCGAGAUCUUCUUGACAGCUCAAGACAUCAGAACUUUGACGUUCGCCAGAUUGGUGGAACUAACAGCCCAAAGAGAAGCAGCGGCCUCGACGUCAGUGACUGCUCAAACCACCGCCCCCGAUAUGGCAGUCGGUUUCCGAGUUCUUCUCAGGAACUUCGGCGAUGAGAAAGUUGGCUCGGAACCAUUCAUCUACUUGCCAACUAUGGUCAGCGAUGGUACUGAGACUGACAUAACAAUAAACGAAGACGAGAAAGUGAUGUUCCUGAUGCCGGGACUGGAAGGCUUCGCGGCCGCCAUGGAACCGCUCUGCAAGAGGCUCAAGUUCAAGUGCUGCGUGCUGCAACUGGGAAUCGAACAGAGAGCGGACACUCUUGAUACUCUUGUUGACAGGCUACAUGCUAGCAUAAAAUCUCGACUGAACCCAGGCACGCCUUACCUCUUAUUGGGAUACAGUUUUGGCACAAUUCUAGCCUUGACCCUGGCUGCAAGACUUGAAAGCGAAGGUCACAACGGCUCCGUAUUCCUCGUGGACGGUUCUCCCGACUUCCUUUACGCCCUCGUGACCCUCCUCAUCAACUUCAAGAACGAAGUCCUGCUGCAGAAUAGCCUCAUCUGCCACUGUAUAGACUUGGUCGCCCCGAACAACGAUGUCACUUCCACCCUAAUGAAGAAACUGACCGAAAUAGAGUCGUACGAAGAGAGAGUCGCAUACGCGGCGUCGGUCUGCCCCGUCCAGCACAACUACUCCCUGGAGUUCAUUCGUAACAUAGCCAUAGCCUGCUACUACAGAACCAAAAUGAUCAUAGACUGCAGAACAGAGAAUAUGAAAAAGAUAAAGGCGCCAAUAGUCCUCUUGCGCCCGAAGGAGAAUCCACCGACGAUGGUGUUGGAGGAGAACUACGGAUUAGACAAGCUGACCGAGGGCGGAGUCACCGUGGAGUUCUUGGAAGGGAACCACCACUCGAUCCUCGAGAACAAGGACUGCGCCAAUGUGAUCAACCGGAUGGUACUGCACAGCGCACCGAGCGGAAAAGACGCCAAAAACGUCGUGACGAAUCUGAUAACGAAACCGAAAACGGUACAAGUUUGA